AUACAAGGCACUGAACCCUCUCGUCGUCAACUCUACGGCAGCCACCACUGACGGCACCAGUGACGAGACGCGGCACGAUGCUGCCGCUCGAGGAUCGUCUGCCAUGAGCAACACUGCUGCCGAAAGCGCACAGCUCCUCCAGCACUGUCAAGACGCGAUAGCGAGCAUCCAAGACGAAUGCAAAGCAGCAUUCUUGGUCGAGACAGCCAGCCCAGCUGAUGGUCUGGCGGGCUGUGGACAUGCUCUCGUCCAUCUGCUUGGUAGAUUGGCGGAUCGACUACAAGUGCGAUUCGCCACGUCCACCAGCGAUUCAAGAGGUACCGGCGUCCUGGACAGACUCAACGAUGUGCUUUCCAUCACCUAUGCCAAAUUCUACGCCUUCCUGUACAAGGAUCUACCCUCGUGCUGGCGCCAGCUUUACACAGAUGCCAGCAUACUCAAGUUCUGCUACCUGCUUGCUCAGUCCGGCCUCGGGUGUCUUGAAGUUCUCUUCCCCUCUGCCCAGCCGCCGGGAGUCGUAGUUGAUAGGUCCGAGCUCAAGGAGCUCGUCAGGGUUCUUGACCUCGCGCUGGUGCUGGCUGGGGGUGCGGGCCAGAAGCGAGGCCGGCCAUGGAUUGACAGAGCUCUUGACCUGUUGUAUCUUCAUCACAAGAGAUCUCUAGCAGCUCUACAGCUUUGUGAGGGACCACCGGCCAAGCGAGUCAAGACGUCCACGGAUCGCGAUGAAAGCCGCAUGCCGAAGACGUUCUCGGCCCAUGAGCCGUUUACUCCAGAGGUGCAGCAUCCAAUCGAGACUGUAAAGAAUUUGACCAUGGAAGAUUUCCAAGCCCGCUUAGACAAAACAAGGAACACCACGCCAGGUCCAACGCCGCUUGUGAUCCGUGAGUCCAUCGAGAGCUGGCCAGCGAGGUCGUCCCGAGCGUGGAGCCAGCCGGACACUCUGUUGACUGCAACCUUUGACGGUCUCCGUCUCGUACCAGUCGAGAUUGGGCGCAGCUAUGUGGACGACGGCUGGGGCCAGAAGUUGAUCACCUUUGCCGAGUUCAUACAGGACUACAUAGACCCGUCUGUACAAUGUAGUGACUCGACGACCCGCCAUCCCAGUCCCGAGAACCACGCAGGCCGCCCAGCUGCUGAGGUCAGCGUUUCCAACCGUGUCGGCUAUCUCGCCCAACACCCUCUCUUCACCCAGCUGCCCUCGCUAAGGAACGACAUCCUCAUCCCAGACUACUGCUACACAGCUCCUCCACUGCACCCGACAGACCCGACCAUGGACCAGCCAGAGCUCGAAGGGCCCCUUCUCAACGCGUGGUUUGGGCCACCCGGGACCAUCACGCCGUUGCACACAGAUCCUUACCACAAUGUCCUCGCGCAGGUUGUGGGGCGCAAGUACGUCCGCCUGUAUUCUCCACUGGAGACAGAUCGCAUGAGGGGCCGCGGGAAGGAGAAUGGCGUGGAAAUGGGCAAUACGAGUCUCGUUGACAUUGGUGUGCUCGAAGGGUGGGAUAGCGCCGCCGAAGAAGACACAGGUGAUGAGCAGGCACAGCGGGACUUGGCGGCGUUUAGGGAAAUCCCUUUCGUAGAUUGCAUUCUGGAGCCGGGCGAUGUCUUGUAUAUCCCUAUUGGCUGGUGGCAUUACGUCAGGGGAUUGAGUGUGAGCUUCAGCGUCAGCUUCUGGUGGAAUUGAGCGAGGUGGUGAGGAUUUGCGGGACGGGCAAACGGUAUCAGGACAGUUGUUCAUCAGUAAAAGUCCAGUCGCAUUUACUAUGGCCAUAGAAGAAUAUAUUUGAACUU